GGAAGAGCACAGUUUCUUUCCCUUCUUCUAAAUUUAGCGGUGACUGACGCGAGAAAUGGUUCAUCGAUGACGGCGGGAAGAGCAAGGCCCCGGAAAUGCGCCCCACAACUCUGCUACUGUGAAUGACGGAAAGUAUUUUUAGCAGGUGUUGUCAUCUUGCGUUAACGCGUAGUAUAAAGGGAAGACGCCCAAAAUGCAGUUGUACAGCAGCGCGCUAACACACUACCCCUGCUCGUCGCGAAAAUUUAAAGUGACUGUUACGGCGAGUUGCGGCAACACAGAGUUCGAAUCGAGUUUUAACGCCGUUAAGGAAACCAGCGCAGAAAGUUCAGGCAGGGAGAACUGGACAGACGCGAACAUGCCUGCGUUUUCGUGCUACGAGGCCUCAGUGAGACCCGUUUUCUAUACGUCCAAAGCGGAGAUUGUUAUCACAAGGCCGGAUGGUGUGGAGAAAUGUGUCCCUAUUCAGAUCAUGAAGGAUCUGCACACAACCCGCGAUGCUGUAAAUACAUAUAGAGUUCCGUGUAAAGAGUGCAAGAUUGAUCUGUCAGAUGGCGAUUUGAGCAGUGACCUUCCUAAGCAGAGAAGGAGCAGUUCGGACAUUUUAAAGGAUAACAGUGAGAUAAUUGAGAGCAACUCACUCAAUUUCCAUAGCUUGUUAAGAAGAAAUGAUUGUAGAGUGCAUAAUGAAGAACUGCUAGUGUAUGUCCCUGAGGAGGCUGAAAAUACAAAAUGUUUUUCACAGAGCAUUCCAUUCACUUGCAAAUGGGAAAACUCCUCUGAAGUAUUCAAAAACCAAAGUAACCUGCAGUGUCGGCAGAAGGAUGAAGAUGAAAUGUCAGAGGACCCAGUGUUGCAGCUGCAUGUGCUCCAGGAGCCUGCAAGCAGGAGUGACCUCAAUGAGAAGGUUAGCCAGUACCUGGCUGAGGUGGAGAAACAGAACAAAUACCUCCAGGAGAGAAAGAAGUACCGUUUUCACAUCAUCCCAGAUGGAAAUUGCCUCUACCGGGCAGUGUCAAAAGCAGCGUAUGGUGAGCAGUCAAUGCACAGUGAGCUAAGAGAGCAUACAGUGCAUCACAUUGCUGACCACCUGGAUGAGUUCAGUCCUAUUAUUGAAGGUGAUGUGGGUGAAUUUCUAAUCAAUGCCGCACAGGAUGGUGCCUGGGCUGGCUACCCUGAGCUACUGGCCAUGAGCCAAAUGCUGAAUGUAAACAUCUACCUGACCACAGGAGGCAGUCUAGCAAGUCCCACUGUCUCCACCAUGAUACACUAUCUGGGUGAGGAGGACUUGACAAAACCAGCCAUCUGGUUGAGUUGGCUGAGUAAUGGUCAUUACGAUGUGCUGCUGGACUGCUGCCUGCCCAACCCAGAGUAUGAUGACUGGUGCCUGCACACACAGGUGCAACGAAAACGUGAUGAGGAGCUUGCCAAGUCCAUGGCAGCUACUCUGUCCAAAAUGUACAUAGAGAAGAAUGGACUUCAGUAACCUUUUUUUUUUGUAGAAUUUUGUAAUUUGUACAACGCAUUGCUGGUUCCAUGGUGUUUUGAUUUUAAAAACUGAUGGCUCAAAUGACCUAAAUCUUUAGAAAAUAGCUGUCUAAGUAGAUAUUUUUAUAUAGUUAGCUAUAUAGUACUUUUUGGAAAAGGCUUUGCAGGCUAUUUAUUUCCAAGUACAACAUAAAAUUGCCAUGGCACCUUUUUUUGUAAACCAAAGUUUGGUUAUGGGGCUAUUGCCAGAAAUGUUGGUCAAACAAGACAUAGUCUGACUGGUUAAAUGGAUUGAUGUGAUUUAUGGGUUGAUUUAUGUUUUGAUUUAUGAUUUGAUGCAUUUUAAUGGAAUUUUAACAAUUGUUUUUUUAAGAAGUGCAUUUCUGCAUGAUCAGAGACACUGAUACAAAGAAGCCCUUUACUGUGGAAUACUGUACUGCUAUCUUAUCCUCAUGCUGUAUUUUUAUAGAUUUUAAUGGGUUGCACUUCUGAUUCCUCAAGUGUUUUUUAUUUCUUUAUUUAUUCUAGCCUGGUGUUUUUAUAUGUAUGUAUUUAAGUGCAGUGCACAUUAGGAGUGUAAUAUGCAGAGUAAGUGCAUGAAUAUUGCCAUUGUGUAAAUACCUGAAGAAUUUUACAUUGUUGCAUAUUUUCUUAUUCUUAUUUCUUUAGAAAAAAGGGUAUAAUGCACUGUAUAUAUUACAUAUUGAAUAAUAUAUAGCCUGAGCUUUCUGUAGCUGUUAGAUUUUAAAUCAGCUAGUUUAAAAAGGGCCAGGUAAUUUUGUCCUUGAAAAUAAAGUAUACAUUUUUUUAAUCAAUA